AUGACAGCUCGUGGGUACAACAUGAAUCGAAUUCCUACUUAUGAAAUCACCUUCUUGAAUCCACUGCCCCCUGAGCUUACUUGCAAAGAUGGAACAUUAGCCAUUGAAGUUGCAUAUGCUUUCCAUAGGUUGGAACCCACAACCAUGACCACUGGGCCACUCCUUCACCUCAUAUAUACCAGAGGUACCCCACUAGGUUUCAAUUUGCCUGAAUUUAAAUCCAUGGCCCCUCUUCAAAGAAAGCUAGCUCAAAUCAAAUCAAAUGGACAGGCGCCUCUCUGUUCAAUUCAGGCGCUUCACCUUUACUCUCUUCCAUUCAUGGAGAACGGAAAUUACAAUCUCACCACCCUCAGCUCCCACCCCAACGACCGAAUCAAGCUCAACGUCGGUGGCAAACUCUUCGAGACCACCGUCUCAACCCUCCGGUCCAGCGCCCCCGACUCACUCCUUUCUGCUCUCUCCAACCGGCCGGUCCACGACUCGACCAACCCGGUCUUCAUCGACCGCGACCCCGAUAUCUUCUCCGUUCUACUCUCUCUCCUCCGCUCGAACCGCCUUCCCUCCACUUCUCAAAGGUUCACCAAACAAGAACUCGUUGACGAAGCCAUCUACUACGGCAUCGAGUCACAACUCAAAUCGGCUCUAUCACCGUGUCAACUCAAUGGAAUAGACUCUUCACUUUUCACCACAAUCACACCGACAUCCGACGGCGUCGUUUCGGACUUCAACGCUAUUGACUCCGACGGGUCGGCUUGGAUCGCUCAUGGAGGCCAAAUCUCCAUCUACGAUUGGAAUCUGAGUCACGCCGGAACUGUACGGACGCAUUGGGAUUAUAUCAGCUCUGUUCGAAGGAUCCGUCCCCAGAUUGCGGUAAUCGGAUCUGAAUUCGAAUCCGGACUCCACUUUUAUAACCUUUCAAAUGGCCGUCGAGUCGGCUCAGCCGAGUGGACUGACUCGUCCGAUCCGCGAAUUUACCAAUCAAGAGUCGUUGCUAUCGCCGACUCGGUUGAUUCCGUCUUCGCUUCCUUCAGUUGUCACCACAGAGAGAAUUGUGUUCUCAUUGUCGACAAAUCAACUACGAAAAUCGUAUCGGAAAUCGGAAGACAAUCCGGCAAUUCGGCAAAGAAUAUAGUCGCCGGGAAGCUGACGUAUUUACCUGAGAUUAAUGUGCUUGUCGGAACCGCGGUGACGUCAGGUGCCUUCGGUUACGCCGGUUACAUACGGUUGUGGGACCCGAGGUCCGGGGAGGUGGUUUGGGAAACAAACGAGCCAGGUUCGGGCCGAAGCAGUAGGUUCGGGGACCCUUUUGCUGACGUGGACGUCGACAAGCAGGAGCUGACUCUGUUCAAGGUGUGUUCGAAAUCGGGGGAUUUGGCAGUGGCAGACCUUCGUAAAUUGAACGACGAUCCUUGGGUAUACUUGAGAGACAAAAACCCCAGUAUGAGAAAUAUAGGUGGUGGCUGCAAUGCUGUAAUUCAUUGUUAUAGGAAGCAAGUGUUUGUGGGCAGAGAGGGUGAAUUGGAAGUCUGGUCUAGAGUGGAGGAGAGAGAAAAUUGCAGUCAAAGAGAGAAAAAUGAAUUGUUUGAAGAGUUGUAUAGGAGGAAUUAUAUGGAUAAAGAGGGGGAUUCGGAGAGAGGGAUUAUAAAGAAAAUUGAAGGUGGUGGGGAUAGAUUGUUUGUAAGUAGAGAAGAGGUUGAGGGAAUUGAGGUUUGGCAAAGUUCCAAUAUUUCUGGCGUGGUUUCAGCUAAGGACGAGUUUUGA